GAUUAUUAAAUCUUUUCUGAAUAGAAACUACACAGUUUAUAAUUUCGAUUUUAGUAGCAGAACACAGGAUUUAAUUUUUCCGAUUGAUAAACAAUGAAUUUGAAAAAUUCCAAGUUUUACAAAAGAAUCCAAGAGCUGCGCAACCUAUCCAAACAGAAGAUACGUCAGGAACGGGUGAAGAACUUGGAAAUACAUACACCACUCAUACGUGGUGUUGAAAUGGCCCUCUCCGAAUCCAAGUGCAAUACGCAAAACGUUGAAUUGGCAUGGACAUUGUCAUCUCCACGUCGUCGAGCAUUGGUGGCCGCCAAGCCAAAGCUGGGCAAGAAGAAGGUGAAUGCGUCGCCUCGCCUCAAAGGUGGCCUUCGGGCCAUAAAAUCCGCGAGUGCGAUUAAUGAUGCACAGGUUGAGGGUUUCAUUCAGCUCAAUAGUAAGCAGUAUCGAGUCGCCUGCUCGGCACAUCAAGAAGAGGCAUCUCCCGGAGCCGACGACCUGCUGAAAAUUGGUGAAUCCAAGAGCACAAUUUGUGUAUCAAAUUCGCGUUAUGCGAUGAUUGGUCGCAUUUCUAAGUCGUUGGGUUUCAAGCUGGUCAAGGAGUCGAAAUUGUGGAACAUACUGUGGUCCGAUUCGUUUCCGGGCGUCGAACUCUUCAAGAAUAUGAAACGCUUUCAGCAGAUUAAUCAUUUUCCGGGCAUGAUCGAGAUAUGUCGCAAGGAUCUGCUCUCGAGAAACUUGAAUCGCAUGCUCAAAUUGUAUCCGCAUGAUUACAAGAUCUUUCCCAAAACGUGGAUGCUACCAGCCGACUAUGGUGAUGCCAUGCACUAUGCCCAGAAUCACAAGCGAACUUUCAUUCUGAAGCCGGACUCGGGUGCCCAGGGUCGGGGUAUUUAUCUGACCAACGAUCUGAAGACCAUUGGAGCCAACGAGCGUCUCAUCUGCCAGACAUAUGUUCAUCGACCGCUGCUUAUUGAUGGGUACAAGUUUGAUUUGCGGGUUUAUACAUUGAUCACCUCGGUGGAUCCACUGCGUCUCUAUGUCUACAAUGAAGGACUGGCACGCUUUGCCACAAACAAGUAUGUGGAGCCAACACCGGGAAAUGCUCAGGAUUUGUAUAUGCAUCUGACCAACUAUUCGGUGAACAAACGCAACUCGCAAUAUGACCUCUGCGAUAAUGAUGAUUGUGGCAGCAAGCGGAAACUGAGUGCGAUUAACAACUGGAUGACCAGGCACAACUACGAUGUGAAAGAGUUCUGGUCCAAUGUCGAUGAUGUCAUCAUCAAGACAAUGCUGAGUGCUUGGCCAGUGCUUAAGCAUAAUUAUAAUGCCUGCUUUCCGAGUCACGAUACGAUUCAGGCCUGCUUUGAAAUACUUGGCUUUGACAUCUUGGUAGACUGGAAACUGAAGCCCUACAUCCUAGAGGUGAAUCAUUCGCCCAGUUUUCAUACCAACGAGCAGGUGGAUCGCGAGGUGAAACGUCCACUCAUCAAGGAUACACUGACGCUGGUCAGCACCGUUCUGGCGGAUAAGAAGCAGAUCAUGCGCGAGGAUCGCAAACGUGUCAAACAGCGCCUCCUCAAAAGCAAGGGCGACACAGCGCUACGCGCCCGAAUGGCUGGUGGGGCCGCGAAACCGCCUCCUAACAAGGAGACCAGUCCGACGACGAAGGUGCAGUUGCCAGAGCCGGAGAUCGGAUCACUGGCACAGCAAGUCGCCUGGGAGGAGAGUCAUUUGGGCAACUUUAGGCGUAUUAUGCCGCCGCCAGAUGCCAACUUGGUCAACUACUACUGCAAGUUCUACGGUCAGACGAAUCAGGUGUCCAUAUUCCAGGAGACGGCAGCGAGCAAGAAACGUGAAGAUUUGGCGCGCAAGAUGCGUCUACAAAUCGAGGAGAAGAAGGCCAAACAGGAGGAAAUGUUACUCGCGCGGAGCAGGCGCAAACGCUUGAUUCAGCCACGUUCGGUGCGGGAGAGACAACGUAUAAUCUCGUACAGAUUAAAGGAGAACUGGACGCCCGGCUAUGUGUCUGAUGCGGAGGAACGAUUACGCAACACCUGGCAACAGAUGCGUACAGAAGCCAUCAGGAAUCUGAAAAUUACAGAGAACGUGUACGCAUUUCUUUUCCAUUAUGGCCAUCUGAGUAAUACAGAUAUGAAGACGUUUCCCAAUCUAUAUCACUAUCUGCAAUUAGGCUAUGAUAUUACGGGAGCCAUAUGAGUCCAAUUGAGAGUUGUCUGGUAAUAUGGAAUAUGGAAAGAAGUCGAAUUAUAGGCGUAGCACAUAUUGGCUCUGAUCUCAAUAUAUGUAUACAUUUAUCUAGUUCUGAUUGAAUUAUAUAUUUUUAAAAAUUUUAAUUAACAGCUCACAUAAGACACAAAAAAAAAUGUAUAUUUAUGUAUAUAUAUAUAUAUAUAUAUGUUACCAGGCAUGUAAAUCUUAUGUAUUAGGACAAACAAAACAUUGAUUUAUUUUAAAUAUUAAUUUAUAUUAAUUGAUUUAUGUAUUUACAAAAUUAUGAGUCGACAUGAUGAAGUUAUUUAUUAUUAUAUGAAUUAUAAAGAAGGAGGAAGG